GUCAUGUGAUGCAAAGGCCGAGUUAUUUAUAGAAUAUUGUGUGGCAAGUAUAGGUUGGCAUGAUAUAUAAAUGUAAUGUCUGCAAUUGCACUUUACAAGCAUUAUAUAGAUAGAAUUCAGUGUGAUUGGACCUAAUUAAAAUCAUAAUGUGUCAUAUUUAUUAAUGGAUAUAAAAUAGCCUUCUGGUAUUGUUAUAAUAAUGUAAAUAAUAGAAUCUUUUUUAAGUAGUGAAUUCUACUGUCACUGCACUUACUAUCAUAAGUGCAUAAAACUGGUAUGAUACAUUAACGUUUGGAGUUUUCUGCAAUAUUCGCAUGUUUAAAUGCUGUGACUCGUAUUUUGAAUAUUUAACGAGAAGAUAUUCCUAAAACAUCCAUAGUUAUGUCAAAGCCUGAUGCACCUAAGUUUGUGACAGCACUAUUUUCCUUCAAAGGAAAGAAUAACGAUGAACUAUGUUUUAAGAAAGGUGAUAUAAUAACCAUAACUCAAACAGAUGAUGAAGGUUGGUGGGAGGGUACAUUGCACGAUAAGACCGGAUGGUUUCCAUCCAACUAUGUUAAAGAACAUCGAGUACCCGAUAAUGGAUUAUCUUCCGUUAAAGUUUCUUCAGAAAAAGGUCUACCGGAGUCACCUGUUCAUCAAAAACUCAAUCGUGAUAUAGUAAUAAAAGACAUAGUUGAUUCGGAAAGAAUUAACGUAGCAGAAUUACAAGGCUUAGUUACUAAUUUUUUGCAACCGCUAGAAUCAUCAAAUAUAUUAAAAAAGGAAGAGUACAAACAAUUAUUAGGUAACAUACACGAGGUGUUGGAAAUGCAUCAGCGUCUUUUUACGAAUUUAGAGAAUACCAUUUUACAAGGCGUAGCUGGUAGAAUAGGAAAUUUGUUUUUAACACUUGCUCCGAGAUUAAAAUCUAUUCAUACUGCAUAUUGCAAUAAUCAUCCGCAAGCUGUCUGCAUUCUUGAUAGAUACAGAGAUGAAUUAAAUGAAUUUAUGGAAGAUAGUGGUGCAAUUACCCCUGGUAUAUUAGUUUUAACUACAGGCCUUAGUAAGCCAUUUAGAAGACUAGACAAGUACUCUGCUAUGCUACAAGAAUUAGAAAGAUACACAGAGAAAAAUCAUCCUGAUAGAGGAGACACACAACGAAGUAUAGCAGUUUAUAGAGAAAUAGCGGAGUCUUGUUCUUCAAUACGUAAACAGCGUGAAUUAGCACUACAGGUAUUGACUAGUGGUAUUAAAGGUUGGGAAGGAGAAGAGUUAAGUUCUCUCGGUGAAAUUCUUCAUGUUGGAUCUGUUACGCUAGCAACAGGAGUUGAUAAAAGAGACAGAUAUUUCGUUCUAUUUCCUGCUACGUUAUUAGUAUUGAGUACCAGUCCACGAAUGAGUUCUUUUAUUUAUGAGGGAAAGCUUCCAUUGACAGGCAUUAAUGUAUUGGCAACAGAGGACACCGAUGAAAUAAGGAAUGCUUUUGAAAUAACGGGACCAAUGAUUGAAAAUAUAACAGUAUUAUGUACAAGUAAAGAAGAAAGACAACGUUGGAUUGAGCUUCUAGCUCAAGAAAAAGUUACCAACAUAUUGAAAUCACCGACAAUGCCUCGAAUGAACAGUCAGACGAACGGGAAACGCCAACGGUCGGCAGUGGAUCAUUGUUUAUCUCCAGGGAUUAAGACGCCUUGGAGUAUUGCUUCGUUACGUCCAGCCCCGCCUUUAUAUACACUCAAGACAUUUGAUAACCGUCAAUUCGAAGAAGAUGCAAUGAUUUUAAAAAUAAUAGAGAGUUAUUGUCUUUCUGUCAAUAGUAGAUUUACCAUGAAUUCUAACGAGUCUAAUUCUAUGAUGGAUGUCGAAUGGCAAAGAACACGAGAUGCAUCAUUGAUGCACAAGAAGGGUGUCAAUUGGGAUAGUAGUGCUGACCGGUCGUUAUCGGAAACUGUAAAAACUUUAAAAAAUCAAAUGACAGACCUACAGUCACAAAUGUCAUUACUUACUAAACAAUUAGAUGAAGAAAGAAGAUCUCGACUUUCGUUAGCUGCUACUGUAAAACGUAGCAUGGCUGCUAUGGAUAGUUCCAUACCCUAAAGAUUUACAAUUUAUCAUCAGGAAAUAAACUUACCAAAUUAGAAUUUACUCUAUGCUACUCGCAUGCAUCUUAAUGCGCUAAAAGAUGCAUCGUACUUGGAAUGUUCUCAAAUAUCUUUAAGUUUAUGACAUAGAUUUAUAUUAUAUAACAUUAAGAGAUAGUCAAAUGUUAUUUAUCUAUUUUUAUAUAGUAACGUGUUCAUGAAUCUAUUCAUGAACUAAACAAGUUUUCGCAUAAUGUGCUGAUUUUACAUACUUUGUAAAUUAAAUCAUAUUAUCAAAUCUGCGUCAUUUGUCUUAUACUAAAUCUUGUCGAUAAAAGCUGAUUUGAAAUAUGAAAUAAAAAGUAUUAGAGAUUUAAUAAAA